UUACAUCCCUCACAGCGCAUCGAUCUCCCUCCCCACUCUACCUGCAGUGUGAAUUCUGCUCGCGACUCGUCUGAUCGCGCCCACCCUCGUUUGAUACUACUCAUCCUCCAAUGCAAUUCACCUUGAAGCUCGCAUUUGUAUAUCUCCUGGCCGGUGUUCUCGCGAACACGGUGUGCGCCGCGCCGGUCAAUGUGGCGGCCCGUACUAUCGACGAUGUUGAUGCCACGGCCGCAUCUCAGGAGAUCGAAGAACGUGGCUGCCGCUUGCGUUACUGCAUCUGAGGAUGGGGAUCCAGACAUCAAUCAUGCUCCUUUCCUCCCGAGUCCCAUGCAGCUAGCUGGCUAUGCGCCAGCAACUUCAAUGUCUCUCUUCAUGUUGCGCCUCACUCCUCAUCCCACCUCAUCCCACUACUGCCACAUGUCCCUGCCCCCACUCCCCAACAUUUGUCCGGAAGUAGUUUUCCCGGAGUUUAUUGUAUCGCUAGCGCCUCCGAUCUCCCAUAAGACCUUCCUUGCAAGGGGGGCCAAUCUUUCACUGCACCGCUGCUGCUGCCGUCUUCAUUACCUAUUACUUAGCUUCUUCACU